CGGAACUAAGGUGUCAGUAGUCUUGACGCACGCGUUUUGCACGGAUUAGUAGAGUGUAGCGCAGGCAGUUGGGCAUGGAAGGGAAAGGAGGUUGUAAUUAGGGUGAGGUGUCAUUUCAUAAAAUAAUAUUUUAAAAAAAAUCCUCUGCAUCUGAGCAUUUAUUUAAAAAAAUCCUCUGCAUCUGAGCACUGUAGGGAAUAUAUUAGAGACGCAGGGCGGCUAUCUUCAUUCAAUUAUCACCCGGACCUUGACCGUGUGUUUUCUUUUUCUGAAACCGGGGAGCAGAGACAGCCUUUGUGAAAAUGUUGCAGUCUGUAGCUGAUCUUUCCAUUUCUUAUAAGAUCUUCUAUUCGGUUUUACUGUUUUCGUGGACCGUCUACCUAUGGGAGGCCUAUCUUGCUUACAGACAGCGGAAGGUGUACAGGUCCACGACCCAUGUGCCGACGGAGCUGGGAAACAUCAUGGACACGGAGACCUUUGAGAAAUCUCGCCUCUACCAGCUGGACAAAAGCACCUUCAGCUUCUGGUCAGGGCUGUACUCUGAGACCGAGGGGACGUUGAUUCUCCUGCUAGGCGGGAUUCCUUUCCUAUGGAAGCUGUCUGGAGUCCUCAUUGGAAGGGCUGGGUUUGGGCCGGAGUAUGAGAUCACUCAGUCCCUGGCGUUCCUGCUGCUGGCCACUCUGUUCAGUGCAGUGACUGGCAUGCCCUGGAGCAUCUACAACACCUUCGUCAUUGAGGAGAAGCAUGGCUUUAACCAGCAGACUCUGGGCUUCUUCCUGAAGGAUGCUGUGAAGAAGUUUGUGGUGACACAGUGCAUUCUGCUGCCAGUCACCUCGCUGUUGCUGUACAUCAUCAAGAUCGGAGGCGACUAUUUCUUUAUCUACGCCUGGCUCUUCACCCUGGGCGUCUCUCUGGUGUUAGUAACGAUCUACGCAGACUACAUCGCUCCUUUGUUUGACAAGUUCACCCCACUGCCUGACGGGGAGCUGAGGGGAAACAUCGAGUCUAUGGCGAAGUCAAUCAGUUUCCCCCUCACCAAAGUUUAUGUGGUGGAAGGCUCCAAACGCUCCUCCCACAGCAAUGCCUAUUUCUACGGGUUCUUCAAGAACAAACGGAUCGUCUUGUUCGACACACUCCUGGAGGACUACUCUCCUCUGAACAAGGCAGGGGAGCCGGGGGCAGGGGAGCCAGGGCUAGAGCCCCAGCCCGUCCCCGAGCACAGCGGGGAAAGCGAUAGCACUGAGAACAAAGCCAAACCGAAGAAUAAGAAGCAGGGCUGCAACAACCCAGAGAUCCUGGCUGUCUUGGGGCAUGAACUGGGCCACUGGAAACUGGGCCACACCGUGAAGAAUAUCGUGAUCAGCCAGAUGAAUUCCUUCCUGUGUUUCUUCCUGUUUGCUGUUCUGAUUGGCCGAAAGGAGCUCUUCACUGCAUUUGGUUUCUAUGACAACCAGCCCACCCUGAUUGGCCUGAUGAUCAUCUUCCAGUUUAUCUUCUCCCCCUACAAUGAGGUGCUGUCGUUCUGUCUGACGGUGCUGAGUCGCAGGUUCGAGUUCCAGGCAGACGCCUUCGCUCGCAACAUGGGGAAGGCCACAGAGCUGUACUCCGCCCUGAUCAAGCUCAACAAGGACAACCUGGGCUUCCCCGUGGCAGACUGGCUCUUCUCCAUGUGGCACUACUCCCACCCUCCCCUGCUGGAGCGGCUGCGGGCCCUCAAGGGGGCCAAACAGGACUGACGGCCUGGGACUGGGGUCCCCCUGCUGCGCUGGCUCAGGAGAGGAGCCCGCCGUCUCCUCCAGACCCUCUGACCUGCGUUUUCAUUCUCCAUUCCUUUGUUUUUGUUUUAAACACGCGAUGCAGAGAAUCUCAUCUACACUGGAACGCAUAUCUUAAGGAACCACAGUUUUACAACAAGCAAAACUUCCAGGAUCGAAACCCAUUAUUAUUAUUAUUAUUAUUAUUAUUAUUUAUUUCUUAACAGACGCCUUUAUCCAGGGCGACUUACAAUCGAAACCCAUCCACCCCCUAAGUAAAAUUCCCCAUUAUCUCCACAUGCAAAUAGAUGCACACAUAACACAUGUAGAAGGUACACAUACACAAAUUCUUAUCCGAAUUUGACUAAGAAUAGUGAACCGGACAGACAUUUCUCUGAGGGGGAGGUUUUUCCAAGUGUUUUACAUGAGGUACAUGAAAACGCUCUCUCUCACUCCAUCCUCUUUCUCAAAACAUAUGCAGCAGCAUAUACAUAUUCCAUGACACUGAAGAUUUGAUUCAGUCUGUCUGGUAGCAAGACUGACCUGUGCUUGCUUGGGGUCUAGAAUGACCUGAAUUUUUAAGUAGUGUUUGGGUUAUUAACCCUGAAAUCCGAAACCUGAUUUUUUUCCCCUUCUGAUUUUCUUAAUUUGAUAUGCAUCCUAAAAGGUUCAUUGGAUUUUGGCUAUUUUCCUGUGAUCCCACUUUUUUAUUUUUAAACAUUUAUGUUUU